ACAUAUCAUAUAUAUUAUCAACAAAUUCAACAAAACAUUUAAUGAUUACAAACUAUAUUAAUAAUAAUAACUGUUAUUUUGAAAUGAAUUAUAGUAUUCAUUGAUAUAAAUGACUAAACUUUUACUUUCACUAAACCAUCGAUGACUUAAUAUUGUGUAGUGUUGUUGACAACAACAACCACAACAAGAGUCGACUAUAAAUAAUCAAUUGAUUGUCACCUAAAUUGUCGGAUCAAACAUCUGUUUAUCUAAAUUUGAUUUAUUUUUAUUUAUUUUUUUUGCUGAAAAACGCCUAACGAUUAUCAAAUAAUAAUAUGAAGAAGUCAUCAAUAAUAUGGAUAUCCAUUGCCUUUGUCUUAGUAUUGAUGGGAAUGAUAUCACUAAUUGGUUUACCAAUUAUUUUGGUUAAGAUAAUCGACUCGAAAGUAAUACUCACUCCCGAUGGCGAAUCCUAUCGGCUAUGGCGUGAUCUACCGGUUCCCAUAUAUCUUAAGUUUUAUUUGUUCAAUGUUACCAAUGCUCAACAAAUACAGUCAUCGGGAGCUAAACCAGAGCUGAAACAAAUCGGACCGUUUGUCUAUCGGGUUAAUGUUAGGAAAGAUGGCGUCAACUUUACCGACGGCUACCAAUCGGUUACGUUCAACGAAUUGAUGACUUAUCACUUUGACAGACAAUUGUCUGUCGAUGACCUGUCUCUUAAAAUAACAACAUUGAACUCGCCGUUGGCCAUAGCGAUGACACUGAUGGAAGAUUUGAAUCCAAUGAUGAAGAUUAUGGCCACAGUAUUGAUCCGACACAUUGACGACGACUUUUUUGUUGAAAAAUCAGUCGAAGAACUAUUGUUCGACGGUUAUCCCGAUUUGUUGACCAAAUUGGCGCCACUGUUGAACCCGAAGAUACCGUAUCAGCCAUCGUUUGGUUGGAUGUACAAGAAAAAUGAUACCUACGAUGGACUGUUCAAAGUGAAUACUGGUAAAUCGGAUAUCAAGAAAGUUAAUGCUAUCGAGACAUUCAAUGGACAACAGGAGCUAGACUUUUGGUCGGGCAAAGAGUGCAAUACAUUCAAAGGUGCCAAAAAUGGUGAACUAUUUAAUCCAAUUCCCAGCUCUGAUAAGACACUGCUAUUGUUUCGCACAAAUUUCUGUCGAGUACUGACACUGAUCUGGAAGUCGGCCCAGAAGUCACAGUACGGCGACCUAUCAGUGUAUCGCUACUAUCCUUCAGAUAAUACAUUUGCCAAUUCCAGUGAUUAUCCGCCAAACAGUUGUUAUAAGCCAAAUAAAACCCGAACGGAAGUCAAGGAUUUCGAUAAUAAUGAAUUAGAUUUGAAGACUAUCAUCAAUCGUUUGGAAAACUUAAUUGUGACCAACGAUUCCGAUAUAUUUACACUUCUUGAAGACACAUAUAUGGAUUACAAAUUGAAUGGAUCCAAAUAUUUUAAAAACUUUACAGACAUAGACGUCCACAAAAAAUAUCGUGAAUUUCCUUCGGGUAUAUUUGAUCUGUCGGCCUGUUAUUUCAAAGCACCCGUCUAUAUAUCGAACGCACACUUUCUAAAUGCUGAUCCCUAUUAUCUGCAAACAGUGUCGGGUUUGAAACCCGAUCCAUCAGUGCAUCAAUCAUUUCUCGACAUCGAACCAAUGACUGGUACGCCAAUUGAACUACAACUACGAGUCCAGAUCAAUGUUUUCAUCAGUUCUGUGGCCAACUAUUUUAUCAAAUACAAGAAUAUGCCUAAAAUUCAUAUACCAGUCGUUUGGCAAGAGUUUACCAUUCAUGCGACCGACGAACUCGCCAAAGACCUGCACUGGAAGCUGACCGGACCGUUGCUGAUCACAACAAUUGUCUCCUCACUACUGGUGGCCAUCGGUUCGCUAACAUUACUCUAUUUUUUCAUAAAACCUGUGAUAAAACGAUGUCGUAAUCUGAGAUCAACCGAUUCAUUAAUGAUCGAUGAGAACCCAGUGGUUGAUAAUUGUGAUACAAGUGCUUUGAUCGAUGAUAGUCAACCUACGUAUUCAUAAAUAUUGAUAUAAUAAUUUUUAUUUUAUUUUUUGUUAUCGAGUUUAUUUCAAAUCAAAUUUUUCUAUAAUUUUAUUUGUAAUAACUUUCAAUUACCCAAUUGUGUCAUUCAAUUAAUUGAUUUAAUAAUUAUAGUAUUUACAAAUACGUAUACAUGUAUAUGUGCCACAAAGUAAUCGUUACGUUUAAUACUAAUUCACUAAAGUUUUUACUUUUAUUUAAAAAUAAAUAAAAUACGAUAAAUAUAAUAAUCUAAUAGACAUGAGCUGAC